GACUUGAAGGAAAUCAAAGAAAAGAAGUGUGAAAAUGGCAGGCGAAUUCUUUGCUUUUUUGUUGCUGUAUGGAGUAGUUUCUCUCUCUAGCCAGGACCUUCACAAUCGCCUCAGACGAGGAGCUAGAUCCUCCACAGGUACCUGCAAAGAUGAACAAACCCAGAUGAUUUACCAGCAACAGCAGUCAUGGCUGCGUCCUGCGCUCAGAAGUAACCGGGUAGAAUUUUGCAGGUGUGACAAUGGCCACCCUCGGUGUCACAGCAUACCUGUCCAAAGUUGCAGAGAACCAAAGUGCUUCAAUGGAGGGACUUGCAAGGAAGCCUUGUAUUUCACAGAUUUUAUCUGUCUGUGUCCCAGAGGUUUUACAGGAAAACAAUGUGAAAUAGAUACUGAUGCCAUGUGCUAUAAAGAUCUGGGCUUCACCUAUAAGGGGACAUGGAGCACAAGUAAAAGUGGGGCCGAGUGUGUCAAUUGGAAGUCGAGCGGGCUGCACUCCAAACAGUACAGUGGGCAUAAGCCAAACGCCCUCAAGCUGGGACUUGGGAACCACAACUAUUGCAGGAACCCAGACAAAAGCUCUAAGCCCUGGUGCUACAUCUUCAAGAAUGGAUUUUAUCUCGGGGAGUACUGCAGCAUCCCAUCCUGCUCGAAGAGUGCCACUGAAGAUUGCUAUUUUGGAAAGGGCACAUAUUACCGGGGUACUCAGAGCAAAACUGAAUCAGGCAAUUCCUGCCUCAAGUGGGAUUCCCCGCUUCUGAAAGCUAGAUCUUACACAGCAUGGAGGGAGGAUGCACGUUAUUUGGGCCUGGGCAGUCAUAAUUUUUGCCGGAAUCCCGAUAGUGACAACAAACCCUGGUGCCAUGUGCUGAAGGGUGGCCGGCUGACGUGGGAAUACUGCGAGGUGUCCACAUGCACUACUUGUGGCCUUCGGCAGUAUAAAGAAAGCCAGUUUCGAAUUAAAGGAGGCUUCUUCGCUGACAUCACCUCUCAUCCUUGGCAGGCUGCCAUCACAACCAUGGACCGGAGAUCCCCCGGGAAAACACAUUUUCGGUGUGGAGGAAUACUGAUUGACUCCUGCUGGGUUCUCUCUGCAGCCCACUGCUUUCAGGAGAGGUUGAGAGUCCAUGAACUUAGGGUGGUUCUAGGCAGGACCUACCGGGAGGAGAAAGAAGAGGACGAACAAGUGUUUGAAGUGGAAAAAUAUAUCGUCCAUGAAAAAUUUGUUUCAGAGACUUUUGACAAUGAUAUUGCUCUCUUGCAGCUGAGACCUCAGUCUGACUCACUACAGUGUGCCCAGGAAACCAAGUCAGUCCGGACUGUCUGCCUUCCUCCUGCCGGCCUGCAAAUGCCUGACUGGACAGAAUGUGAGCUGUCUGGUUAUGGCAAACAUGAGGAGACUUCCCCCUACUACUCUGAGAGACUAAAGGAGGGCCACGUACGCCUGUACCCAUCCAGCCGCUGCACGUCACGGCACCUGUUUAACAGAACGGUCACAGACAACAUGCUCUGUGCCGGGGACACGAGAAGUGGCGGGAAGGAAGUGAACCUACAUGACGCCUGCCAGGGUGACUCAGGAGGUCCUCUUGUGUGCAUGAAGGAUAACCGUAUGCAUCUGAUUGGGAUCGUCAGCUGGGGCAUCGGUUGUGGAGAGAAAGAUGUUCCAGGUGUAUACACCAAGGUUAUCAAUUACCUCAAGUGGAUCGAGGACAAGAGGAGGCUGUGAACAAUUGAAAAGAAGAAAGCAACCGUCCUCAUGAUCUAAUGGUCUCCCAUUGACUUCCCUCUCAGAUGAAGUACUGAAACAACUAAAGUGCAGCUUUUUAUUUUUUAAUCAGAUUUCUCCAUAAACUGUCAGACAGUGAAAAUAGGAGAGGAAGAGAGAGAAGGAGUGAGCAUAUAUUUUCUAAGGUACUUUUCCACUUUGGAAGUUAUCAGGAGUUUAGGUUUGGUUUUAUUUUGCAAUCUGUCAGGAGGAAACACAGAAAGAUGAAUUGCAAUCACCCUGGGGAAAUACCACCACCUAGGGACAGACAGACAGACAGACAAGCAGACUGGAACACGGGGAGAAGAAAAAAAGCCAAGCAUGAGGUUAGAAAAAUGGGACCACAAAGAUAAAAACAAUAUCAUCAUAGUCAGAAACAAGGAAAAUAAAGAAAUUAAGGGGGGAAAGGAUGUUAAGAGACCGUGCCAGGGGAUCCAGGGAAUGCCAAACUGGGACUUUAGGUAUCAGUGACUGACUGAUUGGCCAGUACAGGGUUCUGGUGUUCUCAGAUACUGAAGAGCCCUCCAGACAAUACCAUUAUCCCCAUGGUUUCUUUUCCCCAUUUGACAACUGCUGGAUGACAUUCCUGGCUUCUGGGUACACUGUAAAUCUUUUCAUGUGUUACUACUUUUUAAUCUGCUUUGUUUAGUUGGGCAGAAUUUGUAUCAUUUUAGGGACUGAUCUCUUCGGCAUAUUUAUAGCCAUCAAUCCAUAUUUUUGCUUGUAUUUGUUAGUGACACAACUCUGUACCAUAUUUCUUCAAUAUAAUAAAAAGAUAUAUUUUUCACAUUGUU